AUGAGGUAAGAUGGUUCAGGUAAUUGUCAAUGGAAAAGCUCGAACUGUACAUAUACGAAAAUAUUUGUUCUCUCAUCAUAGACACCUUAUGUCAGACCUCACGUUUUCAAGUGACGACAACAAACUCGUUCCAAGAAAAAAACCAAAGCAGUGUGCUGUUUCUCAGUGGAAUGGAAACAAUUCUGUACAAUAUAAAUGGACAGAAAGUAUUGUGAAUUGAAGAACAGUGAAAGUGGUAGUCGAAUGUCAAAAGUGCGCAAUGGAAAACAGUGGAAAAAGGACUUGCAGACUAAGUGGAGUGGUUUUCACGAUAUAAGGUGUUCUGACUGCUAUGGUUCACAUGAAUGCAUUGUGAAUAAAAAAAGUCAUUUCGACAUGAAAACCAUGUGCAACACAUGCAAGACUCCUGGUAGAUAUGUACCAUGUUAUGCCCAACGUUAUGUGGCUUUCUUAAGUUGAAAAUCAUCUCGGCAAUCAUACGUGUCCACCAAAAGUGCAAUUGAACGGCUGAAAGAAGAUAGAGAGGCAGCUACAAGAGAACCCAGACCAAACUCCUUCCCAAAUACAAAGUAACCUCAUAAUUUUGCAGAUGAGACAAGGUAUGUAACUGUGGGCAAGCCUUUGCUAUGCACUACAAAUGAUCCUUUAAGUAAUUUUAUGGCACAUACGUACAUCCCCUAGUACAAACAGUUGUGCCACUUUAACAAUUUAUUUUGCUUUGGAUGAAGGAAAGUGUAUGUAAUCAUCACCACUUUGUUUUUUGACGUACUGUCAUUAUUGUUCAUUAUUUUGAGCACUUACUGACAGACUACACCCUGGCCAUCUUUAACGACACGCCGCAAGCUAGGCUGUAAACCGUCUGCAAAAGGAAAUUGCAAAAUAUAAAUGUCAAGUCAAAUAAAAGAACCUUCCCACUUCUGCAACUUGUUCUAUUUUUCUGUAGCAAAUACUUCUUUAUCAGCAAAUAUGGUGGUAGGGUCUGGUAGAAUUUCGCUUUCUGUCCUUCAUAUACAUACCUCAAUUUGUGUUUCUACAGCACUGAGACUGCUCUUCUUCGUGUUUUUAAUGAUGUCUUGUAUGCCAUUGACGAUCACCAAGAAGUAGUCUUGGUCCUUCUCGAUUUAUCUUCAGCAUUUGAUACCAUUGAUCACACGUUGUUGUUGGAAAGACUUAGUCACCGUUACGGAAUAAAUGGCACAGUGCUUGAAUGGUUCAAGUCCUAUCUUUUGGAUCGUACUCAAUCUGUAAAAGUCAAAGAUGCUUUAUCGAAUGAUAAGAAGCUACUGUUUGGCAUCCCCCAGCGAUCAGUUUUGGGACCAAUCUUCUUUUCCUUAUUUUUUGCACCAAUGGAAGAUGUCAUCACCGCCCAUGGUUUAAGCUGCAUGAUUUAUGCUGACGACUCCCAGCCCUAUGUAAUUCUUGAUCCCAAGAAAAAUCGAGAUGCUAUGCUUUCUAAGAUUGAGUUAUGUAUAAAAGAUAUUCUCACUUGGUGUGCAAAAAAUGGUCUUACUUGUGAUCCUGACAAGACUAAAGUUCUCCAUCUCACGUCUCGGUUCACCAAGGAUUAUGAAGUACCCCUUAAGAUAAAUGUGAAUGACAAUAUUAUUUCUUCUUCACCAAAUGCACGUGAUCUUGGAGUUACAGUUGAUUCCCAUCUUAAAAUGACGACCCAUGUCAAUAAUGUUUCCAAAUCUGCAUUCUUUGCACUAAGAAACAUUGGUAAGAUCCGAAGAUAUAUUAACCAGAACGACUGCGAAAAAUUGGUACAUGCUUUCAUCACAUCAAAGCUUGAUUCCUGUAAUAGUAUUCUGUUUGGGCUACCAGCUGUAGAAAUUGACAAACUACAACGUGUACAGAACACUGCUGCAAGACUUGUAGUCGGAGGAAAAAAAUAUGAUCACGUCACCCCGAUAUUGAAACAGCUUCAUUGGCUGCCUAUAAGGGCCAGAAUAGAUUUUAAGAUUCUGCUUAUUACUUACAAGGCCCUUAAUAACCAAGCACCGGACUAUAUAACAGAACUUUUAGAUAUUUAUAGGCCUAAGCGUACUUUGAGAUCAACAUCACAGAAUUUAUUAGUUGUUCCGAAAUCGAACACUAAGACGUAUGGUGAGAGAACAUUCCAAGUGAGUGCUCCUAAGCUAUGGAACUCUCUAACUGAUUACAUUCGUCUCUCAAGUUCAUUAGGUAUUUUUAAAGGCUUAGUAAAGACACAUCUUUUUAGGAAAUACUUUGACUAGAUAGCACGUUUUUAUAUAUUUCAGUAAUUGCAUACAUGUAAUAUAGUAUAAAUUAUGAGACCCGAUCCUUGUAAGAGCAUCGAGACUCUGUAGGAUGCUCCUAAAACUGUAUUAUUAUUAUUAUUAAUGGAUACAACUUUAUGUUAAUGUUAACAGAUUCUUUGCAUAAAAGUUGCAAAACUUUCAUGUGCAUACUAUACAAAUUUAAAAUUACUGACUACAAUCAACAUUUUGCCACUUUUAUGGAAAAAAAAUUGACAUAUAUAAAGGAAAGGGGAAUUCUACCACAAUAUUUGGUGAUAGAGCAGUAAUCGCUACAGAAAAAUAGAACAAAUUACAGAAAUACAAAACAAGUUAUGGAAGUGGGAAUGUUCUUGUAUUUUGACUGUAAGCAGGAGCGAAGUGAUUUGUCAAUGAGAAUCGAAAAAUCGCUCCACAUCUCUAACUUUUCUCUAAUAACUUAAUCUAAUACAUCUAGGCUUACAGAGAAAUCCAUCUUCUGCAACAAUGCUGCCCGUAG